AUGCAGUCCAUCGAGAGCAAAUGGAUGGCGAUGUUUCUGCUGCUGUUUGUGGCAGUCACAAUGGAAAUGGGAGGAGCCUGGCCCCAAGACAAGGUUACUUGUCCCAUGAAAGGAAGCCCAUGCUUUGGUAAAUUUGUCAGAUGCCCAAAGGAGUGCCCACACAUCAAACCGAGACACCCGAGGGCCAAAGCUUGUUUCAUGGACUGCCGCUCCCCCAAAUGUGAGGCUGUGUGCCGAGAUCGCUAUCAAAUUGCAGUUUGCCACAAACCCAACUGCGAAGGCCCAGGGUCUGGUUGUCAUGACCCUCGCUUCAUUGGUGCUGACGGUGCUGUAUUCUAUUUUCAUGGGAGAAAGGAUGAGCACUUCAGCCUGGUCUCCGACCCUCACCUCCAGAUCAAUGCCCGCUUCAUUGGCCUCCGGCCUGCCGGCAGGACCCGCGACUUCACUUGGAUUCAAGCUCUUGGGUUCAUGUAUGGUUCUCACAACUUCACUGUCGAGGCAGCUCAUGUAAAGCAAUGGAGCAACGACGUUGAUCACCUGAAGUUCUCUUACGAUGGAAAGCCUUUGCUGGUCCCAGAAGGACACCUCUCCCAUUGGAAGUCACCAGAUACAGAGCUGACUCUGGAGAGGACUGGAACCAGAAACAGCAUCAUGGUCGUGCUUGAGGGGAUUGCAGAGGCCAUGCUCAAGGUGGUUCCAAUCACCAAGGAAGAUGAUGAGUUACACAACUAUCAGAUACCAUCAGAUGAUUCCUACGCACAUUUGGAGGUGCAGUUCAGAUUCUUUGGGCUCUCACCCCAAGUGGAAGGAGUUCUGGGAAGAACAUACCGUCCUGACUACGAGAAUACGGUAAAGCGAGGCGUGCUGAUGCCUGUAGUUGGUGGAGAAGACAAAUAUAAGACUUCAUCACUCCUCUCUGCAGACUGCAAGCUGUGUUCGUUUUCUCUCAAGGAAGAUAACGAGAUAGAGUUGCGCAUCCUGCGCUGAAGAUAGAACAUCCCAAAAAAGUGAAGUAAAUUUGCAAUAAGAGAGAUUAUUUAUAUAUAUUGUC